AUGAGUGGAAGUUCAAUAACAGUAGAAAAUACAUUAUUACCAAAUUUUCAAGGUUUUUUAGAACGUGCUUUAAAUGGUUAUUCUGAUUCUCCAGCCAAUGAACCAUUAAAAGCUGCCUACUUAUCUAGUGGGGUAAAUGGUAUUUCUAUAAAUUUAAAAUGUACAGAGUGUGGUAUUGUCAAGACAACAAGUGAAGAUCUAGAAAUUCAUAUUAAAGUAGAACAUCUAAAUUGGCUUCCAUAUAAAUGUCCGUUAUGUGGGACAACAAGAGCCAGCGACAAUCAGAUGAGAGAACAUAUACAUUCAUGUCAUAGGAAAAAUAUUUCUAUUUUUCAAUACCAAGACAACGGUGGAGCAAAAAGAGCGUUACAGAUAAUGUUAGAUAAAGCUUGGAUGACAGCUAUUGGAAAAAAUAAUAAUAAUAAUGGAAGUAAAGAGGAUAAAAAAACUUCAAUUACUGAUAUAUUUUUUAGAAAUCUUAAUGUUUCAAAUAAUUGUGAUGAAGAUGAGGGAACAACAAAUAAUACAAUUGGUACAACAAAAGAUGACGAAACAAUAAAUUUUCUUAAAAGUUUACAACGCACAGUUAAUGGUAAAACUGAUGGUGGUAGUGAUGAUGAUGAACAAAUUGAUGACGAUCGUGUUGACAAUGAAAAUUUAACAACAACUACUACUACUAUUACACAAGAUAAUCAUGAAGAGCUAAUCAAUAGUCUACUUUUAACAACAAUGUCAAAAAAGACAAUCCCUCAAAAUAAUGAGGAAACAUCAUUUUCAAAAUUAUUUAAUACAGAUUCAACUGAUGCAUCAUCAUUUUUAAAUGACAUUUCUUCAUUUUUUAAUCUUCCAAAUGAGACAAAGAGUGAUGAUAAAGAUAACAGUUCAAAAAGUCAAAAAAUGUUAUCAAAAAAAAGAGUACUAGGUCUUUGUUCUAGAUGUCAAAAACCAGUAACUGCAGGUGCAAGGCAAAUGCAUAUGUAUUUUCAUUUAGGUAAAGAUGAAGGUGAAUUUCGUUUUAGAUGUAAAUAUGAAGGAUGUACGGUAGAAUAUUAUAGAAAAGAUCAAAUGGAGGCUCAUCAAACAAAAAUUCAUGGUUCAUUUCAACCAGAAAUGAUGGAAGAUAGAACACAAGAAUUAUUUGACCAAUGUCAGGCAUUAUCUUAUGAAUUACUAGGUACAAUUAAUAAUACACCUGGUCCUAGUGCUGCUCAGGCUGCAUUAGUUGAGGCAUACAAUAAAGAACAAGAAAUGAAUGGCAAAAGAGGUAAAAAAAGAAAAAUCGAUGAUGAUUUACCGACACUAAUUAAUUUGGAUAAAUUUAAAAAUAUUCCUACAACAAAUGAUGAUGAAAAAACAAAAAUUGAAUCUAUAAAAUGUAAUUCUUGUAACAAGAAUCUUUUAAUAACACAAAAAACAUUACAUAUACUAGAACAUUUAAAAAAUGAUUUUGAAUUAUCUAAAUUUUGUUGUAAAUUUUGUUCAUUUACGUGUGAUGGUAGAAUUGAAAUGAGUGCACAUGGUGCAUCAAAACAUUCUGAUGCAAAUUGUUGUAUGGAUGUUGGUGAUAAACAUAAAAAUAAAUUAAAAGAAAUUUUAGAUACUUGUUUUAAUGAAGUUGUUGACAGUAAAAUGUCUGAAAUUAUAACAAGAGAAAUUUCAACAUUAAAUUUAACAAAAGUUUCAUCUCCAUCAGGUAGUGCUGAGUCAGAGGAAGAUGAUCAUAUCGAUGAUAAAAGUAAUGCUGAUAGUACUAUUGGUUCACCAACCAAACCACCAAGGCGAUCAUUUUCUAAUCGAAAAUUUGGUUAUCGUAAAACUCCAUCAAAAGAAAAAAAAAUUGCAAUGACAAAAUUAAGAGAAAUAUCAAUGAAACUUGGUGGUGCAUUAUAUUUUAAAAAGAAAAAUAAUGAUACUUUAAUAUGUCAAAAAUGUGACAAAAUAAUACCUGCAAGAGUUUCUGAUCAUGCUUAUACACAUUUAGAUGUAGAUUUAUUUUCAUGCCCAAUGUGUGAUUUUGGUCACCAAUGUAGAAAAGGAAUGGUAAAUCAUAUGAAAACAGAACAUAAUUCAGGUGAGAAUCCAAUUGAUAAUCGAUUGAAAUUUGGAAAAGAAAUUAAAAACAUUAUAAAAGAAUGUUAUCCACAACAUUUUGUUGAUGUACCAAUUCCAACAGUUGUUGAUAUAGAACGCCUUAAAACUACUUUAAAUAUCACAGAACCAUUCAUAUCUGGUAUUGAUGAUUUGGAAGUAAAAGAUGAUGAAGUGACAGAAGAUGAACAGCAGGAUGAGGAUACUAAGGAGGAAGAAGAUUUUGACAAUGGUGGAAAUAGUGAUGAGGUAGAAGAGUAA